AUGGCCUCUUUUCGACGUUUUCGCCCCGAUGACUUAGACAAGUUUUCCAAAUGCAACCUUGACCCGUUGACCGAGACGUACGAUCUAAGUUUCUAUCUUCAAUACUUUGCCAAAUGGCCCUCACUAUUCCAAGUCGCUGAGGAUCCCAGCGGAAACAUUAUCGGCUAUAUCAUGGGCAAGUUGGAAAGUUCUCCAGACUAUUUCCAGUAUUCUGAGCAUUACCUACCAUGGCACGCACAUAUCACUGCUCUCACGGUAGCCCCUGAAGCUCGCCGUCUUGGUAUUGGAAAGAUUCUCACCGAAAACCUCGAAGUUGCUGCAGAAGCUGGAGACUCUUGGUUCGUCGAUCUAUUCGUAAGAAAAAGCAACACGAGAGCUAUCAACUUUUAUGAGAGUAUGGGUUAUAGCGUAUAUCGCGUAGUCAAAGACUACUAUGGUGAUAACGUCAACGACCCCACCGCUCACGGUGAAGACGCCUACGAUAUGCGUAAACCCAUGUCCAGAGAUAAGACGCUAAAACAUAUUCGAGAGGACGGGAGAAAUCACGAUGUUCAGCCUGAGGAUGUCUUCUAA